UGCUAAUGUCAAGAAAAGGAACAAAAACCCAACUUCCUCCUUUAACACCGGCUCAGAAUUCACACAGAUCCUUCUGGUGUCCGCAGUGAACAGCUGUGACAGUUACCGGCUCGUUUAACUCAAAGAAAAGACGACAUACAGCAAAGUAAGGAGCAGUUCAAGCAGGAAGAACAUGAUUGGACUACACAGGGUGAGAAGAGAUGAAUGUUCAAGUUACUCCCCUCUCAGUCGUACACCCCUGGAGUAAAACCCCGCUCAACACCUCCAUGAACCUUACAAACUCUGACACCUCUGCAUGGAUCCUCCCUUCACUCCUCACAGCUUUAUACUACCCCCGUCUUUCCUGUGAGCGAAUGUAUCCCAGUGAACACGACCCAUCCUCGGACCCCCAGCACCCAGAGACCCAGCUGGACUUCUUCCUCAAGCUCGGGUACUCCACUGCUCAGGUGAAGGCCGUUCACCAGAAGUUCGGCCCCAACGUGGACACGGAUAAAGUCCUCGGUGAGCUGGUUAGGAUCGGAGCCCGGCAGGGGCCAGUGACCACCAUGUCUGUACUGGUGCCCAGAGGGGAGACGCAGGCUGGGGGCCCCACGAUGCAGCUUCCUCUGACUUCAUCAUCUCCUCAGAGAGAGGAGAGUGGAGAGGAUGAAGACGCUCUCAGACCCAUUGUUAUAGAUGGGAGCAAUGUGGCCAUGAGUCACGGGAACAAGGAAGUUUUCUCCUGUAUGGGAAUCCAGCUGGCGGUGAACUUCUUCCUGGAAAGAGGCCACACUGAAAUCACAGUGUUUGUUCCCUCAUGGAGAAAGGAGCAGCCGAGGCCAGAUGUUCCAAUCACAGAUCAGCACAUCCUACGAGACCUGGAGAAGAAGAAGCUUCUCGUCUUCACCCCGUCUCGGCGUGUCGCAGGUAAACGAGUGGUCUGUAAUGAUGACUGCUUCAUCGUCAAAGAGGCUUACGAGUCUGACGGCAUCAUCGUAUCCAACGACAUGUACCGGGACCUGCAGGUAGAGAAGCCUAACUGGAAGCGCUUCAUCGAGGAGAGGCUGCUGAUGUACUCCUUUGUCAAUAACAAGUUUAUGCCUCCUGAUGAUCCUCUGGGAAGACAUGGACCAACGUUGGAGAACUUCCUGAGAAGGUUUCCAAAGAAUCAGAAGAAAAAGCCAUGCCCUUAUGGGAAGAAAUGUACUUAUGGAAUGAAGUGCAAGUUUCACCAUCCUAAUCGUGCCAUCCAGUCUAACCGCUCUGUUGCUGAUGAGCUUCGGGACUACGCUAAGCACCCCUCCACCGCUCAGAAACAACCCUCAGCCUGCUCUAGUCCCGUGCCUGGACAGAGCCUCUCAUUGGUGGAGGAUAUGGCAAAGAAACUAACUCUGGGACAUGAGAGCACUUCCUUAAAGAAGGAACAUAAAUAUGAAACUGUAGCUAAGGGGAAGACAAGUCAUCGCUCUGGGAAGAGGUCCACAUCCAGAAAGGAGAAGAGCAGUCAUAAGUCAUCUUCUGAUCAAAGUUCGCUGCAGCACAGUGGGUCUCAGGAGCAGCUGGACUCUGGUUUAGGCUCUAUAGACAGUCAGCCAUUUGAGGCUCCAUGGAGUAUGAGUGACAAGUAUGGGAGCUCCAAGCAUUCCCACAAUGUAAGACAGCAGUACUGUGCUCCAUGCAGCUGCUGCUCUCAUGGUCCUGGGUCUACAGCAGCUUUUCAGCAUCACCACCCACACUACAGUCCUGAUUUGACACCCUAUGGUCUGCAGCCUUAUGCGGGCUAUGGGACGUACCCUGUCAGCGUGCCGGCUUACAGUCAGCCAACCAAUUUCCAGCACAGCAGAGUCCAUGGGCGCCAGCAGCAGUACUGGUCAGAUCCACUUGGGGCACAUCCUCUGGCAGGUUGUAACCUGCGUGAGGAGCCCUCACAUUGGGAGCAUCCACAGGGGACACAGCCUAAUCCCAGUGACAUUAGGAAGCAGAGGGAAGUGGUCCGUAAGAAGCUCCUUGCCAUCUUUAGUGCCAACUUGGUGGACACAGCCAUGGACAUGUUUCCUCAGCAGCUGGAUCCACAGAAACUGGUUGCAGAGAUCCUUGUGCUGCAAAGUCAGAAUGGUUCACUGAGAUGAAGUCCAGAACCGGUGUGAAACCCCGUCUUUCAGUGGAAAGACGGCAAAAGAUAAACAUGAGUUAGUGUGUUUUUGUAAUGUGGUAUCCACCUUGAUUAUACAGUGAAUGCUGUGGUACUGUUGUACCAGAUUCACAGCAUCCAUUUUCCUCCCCCACCUACUACUCUGCUUCAAAUAGUACAUCCUAAACAUAGGAAAUUAUACUAAUCAGUAUCAAUCCAUCAGAAACAAAAUGGUAGUUGAGAUUGUGAGAUUGGCACCUGGAGGUAUUUGAGUUUCAUCAAAAUGUUCUUACAUAUUGUAGACGUAAGCUACAGUCAGCUGCCUCUAGACAACAAAUACUGUUAGCAUUCAGCAUUAGCUCUAGCAUACUUCCACUACUUUAUAAAACCAAUGUAAACAAUUGGCAUAGUCUUGGUGAUGAUACUGGUUUCUAGAGAAGCAUUUUGAAGCCUAUCGUUGGCAGUCACCAUGUCGAAAUGCUAUCUCCACCUUAAAAUCAGUCAGUGUAAUAACAUGUAAAGAGGGGAAACUUAAGCAGGCCUCAAGCCUCCUGGAAAACAGCUACAGCAUGCCCAUCUACAGUCAUGUGCAUUAGUUUUAGGCAUGUCGGGUGCUAAGGAUUCAACAUGAGGCUCAGUGUGCCACAACCUAGGGUUGACACGUGUCACUUGGUAGCUAAGGUCAAGCUCGACUGUAUCUCUUUUGUCCGAACCUUUUCAGACCCUGUAACACGUCUAGAGACCACCAGCAGUUUUUAGGCCCUUGGGACAUCCACAGCGUGACCAGGGGCUCUCAGUAACCCUACUACCCACCUUGACAGUACCCUAAAGCCGUGUUUCCAUCAGGGGGUCCGGUUUGAUUCAGUUCGGUUUGGUAUG